UUCUGCAGGAGUCAUGAACAAUGUGCUAUGUCCUAGCAGCAGCACCAUUCAUCCGUCCAACCUGAGCGGGGAGGAGGAGAGCGAGGGAGACAUGGGCUCCCAGGUUGUGCAGACCCUGCGCCAGGGGGUCUGGGCAUCUCUGACUGGAGGCUGGUACCACGAUCCGGAUCAGAACAAAUUUAACAACUCAUGCCACCUCUAUUUGUGGAUUUUCCUGCUCAUGUUACCUUUGUCUCUCCAUCUGGCACUACCUCCCACAACUAUGGCUUUAAGCAUAUACUGCUCCUCUGUCACUGUUUUCUUCAUCCUAAUCAAGAUGGCCAACUACCGGCUCCACGUGAUGUUCGAUGAAGGCGAGGCAGUGAUCCGGAACAGCCUCUCUGACCUCAGUAAAGCUCAAGACAAGAAGAGCAAUGCCUCAGAUGCAUGUUCUGCUGGUAUAAGGAAAAGCAGUACUGUGCCAGACAGUGUCCCUAUGUCCAUGCUUGGUCGGAAACGCACCAGUCCAGUGAUUCAAGUAACCGUAAAGCAGACUGAAACUGACCCAGGGCUGAUAGGAGUGGAGGGCUUAAAAUCAGAUGAAAUGAAAGCUCCUGAAGGACAAGGUUUGAGCACUGCUGAGCAGAGGCCAUUGGCAGUAGGCCUGCAGCUGAGUCCAGAGCCAUCUCCUGAGGACCUCUCCAGCCCCAAUCCUGACCAAGCCGCCCCUCUGCUGCUGGCCCAGCAGAGACCCCCAUCCAAAGCUGAGAGGGAGGAGGUGUGUCCUGACUCUUCUAGUGGGACUACUGCGGGAGCAGAAACAAUUAAAACAACAACGAAAAGAGAAGAGGACGGUGAGAGCUCUCAUACAAGGUUCACAAGGACUGAAAAACAAAAAUCACCAGAUUCAGAAAAAAGAGACGAAGAGAAAGAUUGUGACAGUAAAGAGGCAUCAGACCAGGAAACAGCCGAUGAAGGCCUGCCUCCCUCCAAAGGAAGUGGAGAUGAGAGUGAGGAGGAAAAUCAAAUACAAAAAGACUCAGAUGCGAAUAACAACUCGGUGCUGAGCUCGCAGCAUGAUGAAGACGAGUUUGUGGACAUCCCAGAACUGCCUCUACAGUGUGAAGAAGCAGAGGAGGCCUUCUGCUCAGAUGAGAUAGAAGUGGUUCUGGUGGAUAACUCUAGACCAGGCCCUAGCUCAUCUCACCUGGACGACAGCGACACAGUGAAAAUCAUCAUCACCAUGUCAUGUGACCCUCAGACUGCUGCUCAGCUGGAGGAGAGUGUGAAGCAGAGCUUGCUUGAAAAUGCACAGGCACAGAAGGAUUCUGGAGAAUGCCACAUCAAGAUCCCUGUCAUAACUUUUGACUGUCCAGAUGAGGAACAGCAGGACAUAAAAGGCCGAGAAGAGGCUAAGGAGUCAGAGGACGAAGACACACCCAAACAACAAAUAAGUCCCACUGAAGAGUUUCAUCUUUGCAGGGAAACAACUAGCUCAGAUUUCCCCACGGUAGAGUGUCCUGAAGCAGGGCUGGAUAACAUGGGACUGCAAUUGACCUCAGAGAGCACACCCAGCCAACAGAUCACCAAUGACAACAGUUCCUCUGGUAUCGAUAUGAAUUCACAUCCUGAUGACACAGACCCCCUUGAGGCGAAGACAGACAGGAGAGGGUUUCUGCGUAUCCCCCCUGCACUGGGCCGAUAUGGACCAGGAGGAAGGACUCAUAUCCGAGGGCUCAGCAUGGACAGUGGGAAAGAUGCAGUGCUGCUGUCAGAUCGCUCCAAUACAACAACAAUGACAAGUUCCAAGUCUGACCUGGAAGCAAAGGAAGGCCAGCUUCCCAAUGAAUCCAAUUUCCUGGAAUUUGUUUCAUUGAUUGGCUCAUUAAACACUCGAAUGGGAGGGGCAAGUGCACAAGAGAAAGACACAUCAGAAGACAAAAAGGAAGUGGCGGCUUCCAAAGGCAAUCUGAGUACCGCCUCCCCACCAGAGGAGGCAGUUACAGAAACCAGUGAAAAUAUCAAACCAGAAAGACCUCAACCUCCGACCAGUCUGUCCACCAGACAGGCCAUACCCCCUACACACAUCCCCAUAGUCUCGCCAGACAGUCCGCAGACAGAGAAAGACCCGGAUUAUGACUCGUUGCCAUCACAAACCUCUCAGUCUGAGAGCUCCAUGCUGCAGGUCAUCUGCAGACCAGAAGCCACCAACAAAGAAGAGGCAUACACUUUCCACACUGUACACAGAGAUAGGCCACGUAAGCUAUAUGCAGAAAGAGCCCUAAACUUGCCACUUGGAGCUGAGCUCAUUACAGGAAAUAUUGACCUACUGUCCACUUCAUCCAACUCGGAGUGUCAGGAUGGACUCAUGGGUCACUCCGACUGUCCUUUCCAGCGGCGCAUCAUCCCAGCUCACAGGCUCAGGCCGAGGAGGACACACCCCGAGAUCUUUCAGGAAGAAGACUCCUUAGACGAGUCAUCAGAAGCAUCCACACAGGAAAAGCCAAAACAGAAAAUUUAUUAUAAACUGAGAUUAUUUCCUGGUAAAUGGAUAAAUAUCCUGUAUGACCGGUUGACCUUGAUGGCGCUACUGGACAGAAAUCAAGAUGUCUUGGAGAAUCUUGUGGCCGUCUUCAUGGCAUUUCUGGUGUCCUUUCUGGGUUUUGUGCUUCUCAAUCACGGCUGUUUCAAAGACUUCUGGGUCUUCCAGUUCUGCCUGGUUAUUGCCAGCUGCCAUUAUUCUUUACUAAAGAGUGUUCAACCAGAUGCAGCUUCCCCUACUCAUGGUCAUAAUCAGUUGGUGGCCUACAGUCGUGCAGCCUACUUCUGUAUCUUCUGUGCUUUGAUCUGGGUGUUGGAGCAGCUGCUUGUAAUAAAAGAUCUCCCCAGCUCCAACCUGUAUGGAGUCACGAUUGUCUGCCAUGAUGCUCUCAGUUUCAUAAGGGACAUGUUAGUAGGCUUCACCUACUGCUUCCCCAUCACGUUCUUAGUGGGCCUCUUUCCUCAGAUCAACACUUUCACUAUCUACCUGUUAGAGCAGAUUGACAUGCACUUUUUUGGUGGGACAGCUGCUACAAGUCUCGUCUCUGCAGUCUACAGCAUCCUGCGCAGCCUGAUAGCCCUUUUUCUUCUUUAUGGUUUCUGCUUUGGUGCUCUCAAGGAGCCUUGGGACGAGCAGCACACUCCUGCAUUAUUCUCCAGUUUCUGUGGCCUUCUUGUGGUCUUUUCAUAUCACCUCAGCCGGCAGAGCAGUGACCCUACUGUGCUAAUGUCUUUGGUCAAGUCAAAGCUCAUGCCGUCUUUAGUAGAGAGUGAGGAAGAGGAGGAGGGAGAGGAGGAAGACACUGACAUCAAAGACCCUCUGCCAGAAAAACUGCAAAACUCCAUGAAGGAUAUAUUGCUUUCUGACCUGGUGGUGUGCUCAGUUGCCUACAUUCUCACUUUUGCCAUCACAGCAAGUACAGUGUUUCUCUCUCUGAAACCUUUUGUGACAAUCGUGCUGUAUGCUCUGGCGGGAACAGUGGGCUUUGUGACCCACUAUCUGAUUCCACAGCUUAGAAAGCAUCACCCCUGGCUCUGGAUCUCCCAUCCAGUUUUGAAGACCAAAGAGUACUAUCAGUUUGAACCCAGAGAGGAUGCAGUGCUGAUGUGGUUUGAGCGUCUCUAUGUUGGACUCUUGUGCUUUGAGAAGUAUGUGGUCUAUCCGGCCAUCAUCCUGAGUGCGCUCACCAAUGAUGGGUUCGCUCUCAGUCACCGCAAGAAGCUUGGAAUCCAUUGUGAUGUUCUCCUGACAACGGUUGCUGGGCUGAAACUCCUCCGCUCAUCUUUCUGUGAUCCCAGUUUUCAUUUCCUAACACUUCUCUUCACACUGGUCUUUUUCCACUUCGACUGUCCACAUGCCUCAGAGAGCUUCCUUUUGGAUUUCUUCAUCAUGUCCAUUGUCUUCCAUAAAAUGCGCGAGUUACUGCUGAAGCUGCAUUUCAUUCUGGUGUACAUCGCUCCCUGGCAGAUCGCUUGGGGAAGUGCAUUUCAUGCGUUUGCUCAGCCCUUUGCUGUGCCUCACUCUGCCAUGCUGCUGUUACAAACUCUGCUCACCACUGUCUUUUACACACCUCUGGCUCCUUUCUUGGGUAGUGCCAUCUUCAUCUCCUCUUAUCCGCGGCCGAUCAAGUUCUGGGAGCGCAACUACAACACAAAGCGUAUUGACAACUCCAACAGUCGGCUGGUUUCCCAAGUGGACAAAGAAACAGGCUGUGAUGAUAACAACUUAAAUUCCAUCUUCUAUGAGUACCUGACGCGUUCACUGCAGCACUCACUCUGUGGAGAUUUGUUGCUGGGUCGCUGGGGCAACUACAGCGCUGGAGACUGCUUCAUUCUGGCUUCAGAUUACCUCAAUGCCCUGGUCCAUCUGAUAGAAAUUGGGAAUGGUCUGGUCACCUUCCAACUCAGAGGAUUGGAAUUCAGAGGUACAUAUUGCCAGCAGAGGGAGGUAGAGGCUAUUACAGAAGGGGUUGAGGAGGAUGAUGCCUGUUGCUGCUGUGAGCCAGGACACCUUCCUCACAUGUUGUCAUGCAAUGCAGCCUUUAAUCUGCGCUGGCUGGCCUGGGAGGUGAUGGCCACCAAGUAUCUGCUGGAGGGAUACAGCAUUAGUGAGAACAACGCUGCUACUAUGCUACAAGUGUACGACCUGCGCAAGCUACUCAUCACAUACUACCUGAAGAGUAUUAUUUACUACUUGGUGCACUCUCCCAAACUGCCCACCUGGUUGAAGGAUGAGUCGAUCCAGGAGGCGCUGCAGUCGUACACCAAGUGGCACCACAUUGAGCGUGACCCACAGGUGUUCAGUGUGAAGAUCGAUGAAGACUACGUGCACUGUCUGCAGGGAGUGACCCGGGCUAGCUUCUGCAAUGUCUACCUGGAGUGGAUCCAGUACUGCGCAGGCAAAAUGGAAACUCCUGUGGAGUGUGAUGAAGACUCUACUUUAGUCACUCUUUCUUAUGCUCUCUCUGUUCUGGGAAGAAGAUCUCUUGGUACAGCAUCUCACAAUAUGUCCAACAGCUUGGAGUCAUUCCUAUAUGGGUUCAAUACACUGUUUAAAGGAGACUUCCGCAUUGGCUCCAAAGACGAGUGGGUCUUUGCUGAUCUGGACCUCCUGCAGAAGGUUGUAGCUCCAGCUGUCAGAAUGAGCCUGAAAUUACACCAGGAUCACUUCACCUGCCUGGAGGAAACAGAGGAGGCAUCCAUCUUGUAUGAAGCCAUCACAAACUACCGCAGCAGCCUGGUGAUCUGCCAUGAGAGCGACCCGGCGUGGCGUAAGGCGGUGCUCUCGAGUCGUGAUACUCUGCUCACGCUUCGUCACAUGAUCGAUGAUGGUACAGACGAGUACAAGAUCAUCAUGCUAUACAAACGCCACCUCAGCUUCAAGGUCAUCAAGAUCAAUAAAGAGUGUGUGCGAGGCCUGUGGGCAGGACAACAACAGGAGUUGGUGUUUUUAAGGAAUCGUAACCCUGAGCGCGGCAGCAUCCAAAACUCCAAACAGGCUCUAAGGAACAUGGUCAACUCAUCCUGCGACCAGCCUCUGGGAUACCCCAUGUAUGUGUCUCCUCUGACUACAUCAUUUGCAGGGACACACAGGACACUGCGCAGCAUCGGGGGAGGAGCUUUAAGUCUGGAUGCCAUCCGCACAUGGUUCUGCUCAAAAUGGUUAAGAGUGCGGAAGGACAACCUGACCAGCUGUAACAGUGGUGUCAACAUGGAGGACGUGGACUGUGGAGCAGGAGGGUCUUCGUCUCUGAGCCACAAUAGGCCCUCGUCUGUGACCUCCAACAGUCUGAGUCUGUACCAGAACAGAGCACGCAGCUCACACAGCCGGAGACAUCACAAUUCUGGCAGGAGAGAGUACCGGAGUCGCUCAGUGCAGCCUCAGAGCCAGCGCCCUCCUGUCACCAGCCAGUCAGGACCCAUCUUGGACACAGGCUCCACCCACGGACUGGUGCAGCGUCUGUCCAACAGUCAGCUAUCUUUUAACACUUCUAUUGCCUCAAUAUUCUCACAGGUCCCUCGUCUCUCGGGGGCAGGUGGGAUCAGUUCACAGCUACAGGCCACACAACAGCAGCAGCGCUCCAGUCAGGUCUCAUCAUCCUCGUCCACCCUGAGCCUUCUGUUUGGCAAGAGGAGUUUCUCCAGUGGGCUGGUUAUCUCUGGCCUGUCUGCAGCUGAAGGGGGAAACACCACAGAUACUCAGUCAUCAUCCAGUGUCAACAUCGCCCUCACUGGACCCUCACACCGCUCCAGCAGCCGCGCUACACAGUGGACAUCUGAGCCAUAUGAGAGUAUAGAUGCCUCCUCUUCAAAUACUGCAGUUUGUGUGAAAGACGCCUCACAGUCAGGUGACCGAGACGGAGCUCCAGGAUUGGACAAGACCCAGGAAGAGUCCGAGUCUGCCUCAACUGUCCCAGAGCCUAUAGCAGAUCAAAAAACUGACUGAAGGAAAUAACUAAACCACUCACAGUGCCCAAACUAAUGCCUAUAAACAGAAAAGACUGCAAAUAAAAAACCCACAUGGUAUUAUGAGAUAUGAUGAGAGGACGAAAUGGUAUCUGUCCUCUGCAUGUGGUUGUGCCCAGGCUCUGAAUGUAAAGUCAAAGCAGAAUGGAAAUAUUGAUGAUGGAAUAAAUAUGUUUUUAAGAGAAA